GUUACUUAUAUAUUGGACAGUUAGUAUUGUACAGUUCCUAUCCUCCCCGCCCAUCAAAGCUCGACGCAUAUACGUCCAUUGCACUGUGGUUCAACAACAUGUCCAUCAGCCAGCAGUGCUUUAACUCCAUCCCCGCUCUCACAAGCGUCAGCCGGGCAACCCAUGAUGUGUUCGGCAUGACAGGGCGGUUGUCGAUCCCCUCGCCGUCCUGGCAAACACUACUUGGGUACACCGUGCUCAUUCUGAGUGCCGUGAACUUGAUGACCGUCAUCAGGAUCGCUCCUCUGCCUAGCCCUCUGGAUCCUACACGAACAGAAUGGGAGAUGUGCUACCCCCUCGCCAUCUGGGACGUCCUCUUCCAAUUUGCCUUCAAUCUCAAUGGGUUUACUGCUCUCGUUCGGCACGUCAAAGAGAGAGUCCCGUCGGAUCUUCAACUAUUCCUUAUGGUGGCAACAAUGCUUUUCUUUGUACCUGGGUAUCUUGCGCAUACCUGGGACUGGGGUAGCUGCAGUACCGCCGCGCCGCGGAUUUAUCAUAACGCCGCAUCGCUCAUACCAAUCUUCUACAUUGGACUUGGGUUUGGUCUCCUUGGCAUAGGAGUCUAUUUUGCUGUCAAGGUCCUCGGCGACCCAGACCUGGACAGGGCAACCGCUAGAGUUAAGGCCCAGGUGAGCGGAGAUGGGAGCGAGGAAUAUGCUGGUGGAGAAAUGCACAGGGCAGAAGAAAGGCUGAAGUGAAUAGAUAGCUCCAAGCUUCAUAGAGAGGACAUGCUGAGGGGGUGCUGUUUCCUGUACUUAUAUUAUAAUGUUGUAGAAAUACUUAGAAUAUAUAUUUGCGAUCUUGAUGGAUGACCUUGGCGUCAACCAUACGGUCGAC